GGCUACGCCGUUCCGCCUUUGAAGUCCCGAAGAUCAGGGACCCAAUAAAGAGUGGGAGUCCAGAAGUCACGGUCCGUCCAGCUUUCCGAAUUGGUGCGGUGGUCGAGGUGCAGGGGUGUGGAUUGGGCAGUGGGAUGUGCGGAGGAUGUCUGUUUGUACUUCUCAUCAUCAUCACGACUGCAAACAUUCGUAUGACAAAAUAGUGAGGCUUUUUAAAAUUACAUAAUGUAUAGAUGGACGCGCAGUCUUCUCCGUGUUUCGUCUAAGUCUUAACAGCAUCCUACUCCGCCUUUUAUCUUACGUAACCAUUUUUCAGGUAACAUUUGAGCCUUUUUCCUAUCCUAUACAAAUAUUUCUUUUUUUAAAUUUUGAUGGAGUUGGUGCCAAUUACUACUGGUCUCCAUGGUCUUUGAAUCUCCUCCUAUUCUUUUCAUAGACGCGGGUUUCCUGGCCAGGCUUUACCUCUGAAGGCUUCAGCUCCAGUUUGAGCGCCGGCCGGGUCUCCGCGGACCCUGAUUCCACAAGGUUGCAGCAGGAAGGUGCUUUCACCCUUGUGGCCAGCGGCGGCUAUGUAUAAAAUAUGGCCGGCUGUUGGCGUGCUCCACUGCAGUCAGGGAAGCUCUUCUGGGCUUUUCUUGUGCUUUCACUGUGCGGACAAGGCAUCCUCUUGUGCCCUGAAGGAUGCCAUUGUGCCUGGGAGACUAAAACAGUGCACUGUGCCAGAGUUGGCUUACGGCAGAUCCCGAUGGCCAUACCGCCCAACACGGUGGCCCUGCAUCUGGAAGGCAAUGAAAUCAGCUCCAUCCCAGAUGGAGUCUUCCAGAACCUGCCCCACUUGCGAGAACUUUACCUUUCUCACAACCAGAUUGACAGCUUGGCACCAGGAGCCUUCCGUCACCUAAGUGACGAACUCAAACUGCUUGACCUCUCUGACAAUCGUCUUCAGCAAGCCAACCGGGAAGAUUUUGGACUCACCAGAGCCAAAACCAGGCUGUUCCACAACCCCUGGCAUUGCACAUGUGCUCUUCAGGAACUGAUGGAGACUCUUAACCUGGAACCAGAGACUGUGAAUGGCAUUGUUUGUGAGAGUUCAGAACAGAGCAGUGAGCACGCAGGCCAGCCCCUGGUCAAACUAUUGGAUGCAGGUGUGAAUUUUUGCAGUCUGCAGCGUAAAACAACUGACAUCGCAAUGCUGGUUACCAUGUUCAUCUGGUUCACUAUGGUCAUCGCCUAUGUGGUGUAUUAUGUGCGACAGAACCAAGCAGAGGCACGGCGGCAUCUGGAAUACCUGAAGAGCUUGCCAACACCUCUGAAGGGAGGCUCGGAGACGGACACACUCAGCACAGGCAUGUGAAGUGUGAUGGGUCAAAAAGGCAAAGGAUAAGCUCACGCAUAAAGUGAUAUGGGCCAGCAGGAAUGAAGAAGUUAUUAAGCACUAAAAACAGACUUGUAACAAUUACCAAUGUGGCUGCAGAGACUGUUACAAAAGAAGUAUUUUAUAGUAGAUUUUUUUUUUUAUUU